UGUCCUAACACAAUGCUCCUUUAUCCCCAGCGUCCCUCAGCCUUGGGCCACCUCCCUGCUCUCAGCCCACUGAGCAGUAAGCACAGCGGCAAGUCCUCUCCAGUCCGGCACCCAGGACGUGUCCUGCAGACAAGCUAUGGCCCGUAUCAUUGACCUGGUACCCUGGGAUGACGGCUCCACCCAUGUAUAUGCCGCCCCCGCCAUCCUGCUCCCCAUGGAGCGACAGCGCCACCCACUGGCCGGUGUGAAACAGCAGCUCUAUCACCCGGCUUUGCCCACGCUGCGCCGCAUGGACAUGGACACUGUCAGGGCCUGCCUUCCGGACGAGCACUGCCAGUCCUCCACCUACUGCCGCAAAGAUGAGUUUGACAACGCCCACUUCACCCUCCUCGGGAUCCCCAACAAGCCCCUGCAGUGCCUGAACAUCACGGCCACCGGCCAGAGGAUGCAUGACCGGUGCAUGGAGGGGAAGCUAGCACCCAUCGCGCCAGGCAUUAACCGGGUGGACUGGCCCUGCUUCACGCGCGCCAUCGAGGACUGGUCCCGUUUCGUGUCCUCAGCCGGAGAAUUCAGACUGCCCUGCCUGAACAAAAGGGUGGAAGGUUUUAGCGGCUACGCAGUGCGGUACUUGAAGCCUGAAUUGACCCAGAACUGGCGAUACUGCCUCAACCAGAACCCCAGCCUGGACCGGUAUGGACAGAAGCCGCUACCUUUCGAUUCCCUCAACGCCUUCCGACGCUUCGGCUCCCACUACAGCCGCGUCAACUAUCUGACUCCCUGGCAUUAAUCCGUGAAAAGAAGGCCAGCCCCCAAGCUCCCAGACCCUACUUUCUCGUGCCCCCUGCCCUCCUGCCUGGCCCUGCCAGCUGCCCUCCUCCAAUUGGUCACCAUCUGUGUGUCCCUGUCUCAGCAUUCAAGUCCCCCAGUGGGACAGAGGACAUAGGGUACCAAGACUUCCAUCCUCCCUCCUCCUACCACCACCCCCACACCAGGAGCCCAUCCUGGGGAAUAAACUGACUGCCCCCUCAGGGAGGCACAAAGCAAA